CCACCGACUUUCACUAAAACUCCCGCUGACCAGAUUGGUGUGUCAGGGGGUGUGGUGUCCUUUGUCUGCCAGGCGACAGGCGACCCCAAGCCAAGGGUUAGUUGGAACAAGAAAGGGAAGAAGGUUAACUCUCAACGUAUAGAGACCAUUGAGUUUGAUGAGGGUGCCGGUGCUGUGCUGAGGAUCCAGCCUCUUCGAGCCCCACGUGAUGAAAACAUCUACGAGUGUGUUGCUGAGAACAGCGAGGGCGAGAUUACGGUCAACGCCAAGCUGUCCAUCAUCCGA